AUGAUUCCACGAAAAUACGCUAGUGGUACUUCGAAACGUAAAGCGAAACAGAAACAUGAAGAUUUUAAAAAUAAACUACCGAAACUGACCAACUUCUUUCCUGCCGAAAUAAAAACUGGAGGCACUAUUGCUAAUGAAGAUGACGAUAAGAUUCAGCAAAUCUCGGUGUUAACAUCAAAUUCGGUACUUUCUACUAAUAGUGAUGAACUCAGUAUUAAGGAUGCUGUCAUUUGUAAUGAACACUCAGAUGACAGUUGUGACAUGAAUAAUCAGAACGUAAUAAGCAGGAAAGCCAAGCUCGUCAUAGAACCUGUAAAUAAAGAUCCCUUUCUGUGGCCCAUGGAAAUGCAUGAUGAUGUGAGGCAAAAGUAUUUGGAUAAAGGCUAUGAAUAUUUUCAGAAAAAAGAUAACAAUUUUCAAGCUUCUCUACAAGAUGAGAUUAAGUAUUGGACUGAAGUUUUAAAACGCAUUGUCGAAGUAAUUCGUUUUCUUUCUGCACGCGGUCUUGCUUUUCGGGGCGAGCAUGAAGUGAUUGGUUCUCCAAAUAAUGGAAAUUACUUGGGUGUUUUGGAACUGAUUUCUAAAUUUGAUCCAUUCUUAAAAAAACACUUUGACUUGCAUGCAAAUCAAGGUCGCGGGCACGUUUCCUAUUUGUCAAAAGAUAUUUGUGAAGAAUUUAUUCACAUGAUGGCUAACAAAGUUAAGAACGAAAUUCUUAGCCAAAUUAAGAGAGCAAAAUAUUUCAGCCUUAUUGUAGAUUCGACACCAGAUGUAUCUCACGUUGAUCAGUUAUCUAUUGUACUCCGGUACUGUUUGGAUGGUUGUGUGUAUGAACGCUUCUUUUGCUUUUUACCUAUUAAUAGCCAUACUGGAGCAUCAUUGAAUGAAACAAUAUUACAAGUUCUUUGCAAUAAUGAAAUUGACAUUGUUUACUGUCGAGCGCAAACUUAUGAUAAUGCCAGUAACAUGUCUGGAAAAUACUCGGAAUUACAAGCACGAAUUAAAGAAGUUAAUCAUCUUGCGUAUUACGUUCCUUGUGUAGGACACUCACUAAAUUUAGUUGGCGAAUGCAGCGUAGAUGAAUGUAUCGAUUCUGUAAAUUUUUUCCGGUUCGUACAACGACUUUAUGCUUUCUUUUCCAUUUCUACGCAUCGUUGGAGCAUAUUGCUAAAACACGCGAGCACUACAUUAAAAAGUUUAUCUUCUACAAGAUGGUCAUGCCGCGAUGAUGCCAUUACUGCAUUAGCUCAGAAUUAUUUAGAAUUAUAUAAUUCAUUGUAUGAGAUUGAGCAAAGUGAAGAAGAAAAGACCGAAACUCGUCACGAAGCAAUGUCCUUAAAAAACAAAUUAACAAAACUAGAAACUGCAUUUAUGACAGUUUUUUGGCAUCGAGUUCUUCAACGAUUCAAUAUAACUAGCAAAUUUGUGCAAAAAAUCGAACUCGACUUGAUUACGGCUAAUGAUAUGCUACACUCGCUACUUAAAUUUAUUAGUGACGUAAGAAAUGAUUUUGUAGCAAUAGAAAACGAUUCUAAAAAUUUAGGCUCUUUUGUACAACAAAAAUAUUCUGAUACACAGAAACGAAAAAUUAAAAAAAAAUGUGCAGAUAAUGUAACGGAGAUUCAAAAUUUAAAUGGUUGCGAAAAAUUCCGUAUUGAAUCAUUUAAUGUAAUCGUUGACAAACUUCGAGUUGAAUUAGAAAAGCAAAGUUCGGCGUAUAAUCACAUAACAAAGUUAUUUGGCUUUCUAACUAAAUUGACGACCAUCGAAAUCGAUGAAAUGCGAGAGUGCGCUAAUCGUCUUGUUAGCAUUUAUUCUCAUGAUUUAGAAAGUAGUUUAGGUUGCGAACUGGAACAAUUUAUUCCGUUUAUAAAAACUAGCUUCAAAAAUGUUACAUUCUUUCCAUUGGAUAUUUUAAAAUGGAUGUGCGAUCGAAAACUUGAAGAAGUCUUUCCAAAUAUAUACGUAGCAUUUAGACUAUUUAUGACAAUACCGAUCGCAAAUUGCGAGGCCGAGCGAUCGUUUUCUAAAUUAACUAUAAUAAAAAAUAAAUAUCGAUCCACAAUGACGGAUACUAGAUUAUCGUCAUUAGCAUUAUUAGCAAUAGAGAGCGAAUUGCUAUAA